AUGGCUGCCCCAAAUGGUGGGCUAGUCUCAACGAUUGAACAUGACUCGAUACUGCCAAUAAUGGUACCGGAUAUUCAUACUAAGGAGAUUCUUAGUUAUGGCAGAAUCGUGGGAAGCCACCAAACCAUUAUUCACAAGACAUCAAAGUAUCCAAUUGCGAAUCAUGUAUGCACUGAGAAGCUAACUGAACCACUCAAGGCUUUUGUGCACCAGUUGUCUGCUAUCCAUAUCCCAAUCAAGGUUGCUAAAGUAGUGAAAGAUCCUAAGUGGGUUUGA